AUGCUCAUUUCUUAUAGGCUCUUUGGUAUACGAGCUCUUUUACUUGUAAAUAGUGCUAAUUAUUACUAUAAAAAUAACAAAACAAUAAUCGAAACAAAACAAACCAGAAGAUAUCAAUCUGUUCUUCUUCUCCUUUUUUCUUUUCCUUUGAGAAGAGACAGAUUUUUAGACUCCACCUUUUAUUUUGACUUAGUUCAAGAUUUUACACAAAAUUGGUAAUGGUUUCAAAUCAAAAUCUGCAUUGUUUUGGUAAAGCAAUUUUGCAAAGAAAGAGAAUAGUAGUACUAGUACAUACUACAAGAUAAGAGAGAGAUAGUACUAGUACGAAUUGGAGGGAAUUGUAGCCUAUAUAUCAUUAUAAACCAUUAGCAAAUUGUCACAUAUACCAUACCAUACCAUACCACUACACUAUUACUGCUACUACUCUUCUUCUUUCAUUGGUUACAGUAAGGCCACAGUCUUAAUAUUUUUUGCAGGCGCCGUCCUCCUUUUUUCCCUCUGUCCCCUCAAUACCCCAUACCUUUUUUCUUCUCUUUCUAACCAAAACACUAUUUUCUUUUUAACUUGCAAAAACCUUAUAUAUCGAAGCAAAAAGGAGGAGGAAUAUUCAUAUAAACAUGUUGGAAUAUGCACAUUUACCUCAGUGGCUUGUUGCACUGUUGACAGAGAAAUUCUUUAAUGCUUGCAUAAUUCACGAGGAUGCUAAGAAGAAUGAAAAGAAUGUUUUUUGUUUGGAUUGUUGUGAGGGUAUUUGCCCUCAUUGUUUGUCUCGUCACCGUUCUCACCGUCUUUUGCAGAUUAGGAGGUAUGUGUAUCAUGAUGUCAUAAGGCUUGGUGAUGCUGAUAAAUUGCUGGAUUGUUCUUUUGUUCAAUCAUACACUACAAAUAGUGCAAAAGUGGUAUUUUUAAACCAAAGGCCACAAACAAGGGCUAGUAGAGGCUCAGGUAAUUGCUGCAUAAUCUGUGACAGAGGCCUUCAGGAUCCAUUUCUCUUUUGUUCCAUCUCUUGCAAGGUUCAACACAUUUUAAGAACAGAGGGCAAACUUACGAAAUACAUCUAUAGGUGUGACUACAUGACACUACCUGAACCGGGUUUAGAUGAUGGACAAAUGACACCUGAUACAAUUCUUGAACCGGUCGGUUCGGUUGGAACCGAGUCCGGUUCAAGUGGAACCGGAGAAGUGGGUUGCCAUACGGUUGGAUGUACUGCAACAACAGAGAUUGUAAGGAAGAAACGUAGUACCUUGUCGGCUUUCCGGUCUGUUUUUCAACCGGUUGUGGCGGGUUCAGGGAUGAACCGGAGAAAGGGUACACCUCAACGGUCUCCACUUUACUAAUUUUGUGUUUUUUUAGGGAAAGAAUUGAAGUCGGGAGGUAGAAUUGAAGGACAUAAUUGGAAAUUCAAAUAGUUUAGUUUUAAGGGUAAUUUAGGAAGAAAAAGAAAAUUUACCUCCCAAUUUUGUAGAAUGGCUUUUUUCUCUCCAUUAUUAUCUGACAUUAUGGAAGCUAUAUUUCCUUUCUGACAUAGAGAAACAAGUGAAUACGAAUUGGAUUAGUAUUAAUGUUUUGAAAUUACUGUAAUAGUUAUACCUAACAUUUGGUUUUACAUGGACUUGCUUGUGCUCCUAUUGAUGCUUAUUUUGUCGAUUUAAUUCAA